AUGUCCGGAUCUGAAGAGGAAAGUUGUGACGAAGUUUCGGAUCGUGUGUAUCUGGACCAUUUACCUCCCAAAGUAUCGGAUCGAAGAGAGAAAGUGUCAGUGAAACCGACCACAAUGGAGGCAGAUCUGAAGGCUCAGAUAGCCACUCUCAAACAAGAGCUGGAUGCAUUGCGACAAACGCAGACAGGUGAAAGGCCGUCACGGUCAUCAGCUAACGAAAAUAUGCCAAGAUUGCCGGACAUCCGUGAACUUCAAGAAUAUGUGACUGUUUUCGAUCCUAGUUCACCGACUUGUGCUUCCGCGGAAAUGUGGGUGAAAUCGAUUGACGACACGGGCGAUAGUUAUAAUUGGUCGAAUGAGUUGAGGUUACACUGCGCGCGAUUGAACUUGGGUGGCUGUGCAAAACUGUGGCUGGAGGGAUAUCAAGAGGCAACCCGAGAUUGGGAAAGUUUUAAAACGGAAAUAGUAAAAGGUUUUCCGACCAAGAAGAACCCGGUUUAUUACCACAAUUUGAUGUCGGCGAGGAAGUGGAAACCCAAUGAAGCGGUUGAAGAGUAUGUGUACGAGAUGGCUGCCAUGGGUCGCAAAGGCGGUUUCACGGAGGAUGUAAUUGUGACAUACAUCAUGAGUGGACUGAAAUCGUUUCUGCAGAAAUCGGGGCUAGCGGUAUACAGAACCGAAACUGUACAAGGGCUCCUAGAGCAAUUACGAUGGGUUGAUAAUGUGGAGGCUAUAACCCCAUCACAAAGUCGCAGUAGUGGAGGUAUGCAACGUUCAACUGGUGCAACGUGGAAUGGUGGUAGGAAGGCCAGGAGUGCUGAUGGUGAAUUAAGCUGCUAUCAGUGUCAUGAAGCAGGACACGUGGCAAGAAAGUGUCCCAAGGUGAAAUGCUUCAGGUGUUCAAAAGAAGGGCACGUGAAACGGGACUGUAAAGCUAACUUAGGCUCACAAGUGGCAGAGAAAAGAGAACCCAAAGGAGCCAGUGGCACGAGCUUGAUGAGAGUGGUGGACAAGAAAAGCUUGUUCAGGAAAACGGUGAAACUGGCGGGAGGAAAUUAUGAAGCUCACGUUGAUUCGGGCGCCGAUCGAUCAACGAUUUGGGAGAAGUUCAAGCACAAAGUGGGCCAAAUUUCUUCAUGCCACUUUAUGUUGCAAGGUUUCGGCAAGAGCGAAAAAGUGAAAGUAACGGAGAUGGUUACGGCAAAAAUGCGCGUUGACGGUUUGGAGCUUGAAGUUUCGCUGGCCGUAGUACCGGAGUGGGCGCAGGAUAUUCCGAUAAUUAUUGGGAAGGACAUUAUCGAACGUGACGAUCUAGUGAUGGUGAAGCGAAAGGACAAAGUAUGUUUUGAGUGGGACGUUGAAGAUUCGACUGAUGCGAUUAGUUCACUCGAAGAGGAACAUAAAGUAGCCAACAUCUACAAAAUAGAUUGGUCAGAAGGACGUAACAUUGAUCAAGAGAUGACAAAUAGUGAAGGGAGCACGGAGAAUACACAGAAACUUUUGGAAGUGGUACGAGAUUACCGUGAUUGUUUCGCUUUGGAUUUGAAGGAGAUGGGCAGAGCAAAGUCCACUGAAAUGAAGAUCCGGUUGGAGGAUAAUGAGCCAGUGUUCGUAAAGCCCAGAAGAAUGGAAUACGCUAAGGAAUCAGCGCUUGCAGAGAUUACGAAUGAGCUACUGGAGGCGGGAAUCAUUCAGGAAACAGAAUCGCCAUUUUACAGUCGUGUGGUAUUAGUCCCGAAAAAGAAUAAGCAGUUCCGGAUGGCCGUGGAUUAUCGUAUGCUUAACGCUAAGACGGUUAAAGAUCGUUUUCCAAUGCCGGAUAUAGAUACAUGCUUUAAUAAGCUGGCAGGGGCACAGGUGUUCAUCUCUGUAGAUCUAUACAGUGGAUACUACCAGAUUCCUCUUGAUGAAGAGAGCCAGAAUUACACUGCAUUUUCGACAACGGAAGGUCACUACCGGUUCCUGCACGUGCCUUUCGGAUUUGCCAAUGGAUGUGCUGUUUUCCAGCGAGCAGUGAAUAAAAUGGUGGAACACGCUCGUAAGCGCGGCGUUGUCGUGGUGGCCUAUAUUGAUGACCUCGUCGUGGCCGGACAAGAAGAGUUGGAGGUGCUCAACAAAUUUGUGGUUCUGCUAGACGUGAUUCGAGGAGAGGGAUUCACAAUCAAUUUAAGGAAAAGUUGUUUCUUUAUGCGGAAGGUGUUGUACGACCCAUCGGCGGAUUUGGAGCUUCAUACCGAUGCGUCGAGCGGUGGACUAGCGGGAAUUUUGCUGAUGAAGACAGACGGAGGUUUCAAGCCGAUAGGAUUCUUCAGUCGUAAAACCAGUGAAACUGAGGCGAAAUACCAUAGCUAUGAUCUGGAAAUGCUGGCGAUCGUGGCAAGUGUGGAACGAUUUCGUAUGUAUCUGCUUGGACGAUUUUUUGUCAUCCGUACAGAUUGUUCUGCUGUUCGUGAUGCUUAUCGAAAGCGAGAGAUGGAUCACCGUGUGGCGAGGUUUUUCCUGAAGCUACAGGAAUAUGACUUCCGGCUGGAACAUCGAAGUGGUAGCUGCAUGAAGCAUGCUGAUGCGACAAGAUACAAAACUGACCGAGACUAUUGA